AUGAUACGGAUCACUGUUAACGAUGGUAGCUAUGUCUUUCUGGUCGAACGCAUCCACGUCGUCCGCGCACCCUUCUUCAACAGGCGGAAAGACAAGCUAUACCUUGGUUGCAUGGCCAUGAUAAUCAUUACGUACAGCUCAGUCGCCAUCAAUGCAUACUGCAACCACGUCGUCGAGUUACGUGCGUCAGACGGUCGGUGCCACUUUGGCAUUCGCGGUGCCGUGUCAAUACCGUUCACGGUCGUAAACUUCUUCACAGAUGCGGUUUUGACAGCCGUCUUCUUUUACCUGCUUUGUCCUAUCGUACAGAUACCCGGUGUAUCUGCUCUCUCCAAAAUCUUCAAGAUAAAACCGAACAAAGAAGGAAAUACAGUCGAUAGUGGGAAUGAUACCCCGGCUCGAAAGAACAUUAGGACGCUAUUAUGGAAGAGCAUCAUCGGCUCACUGUUGAUCGAAAUUCCAAUGGCGGCGAACAUGAUCCAGUUCGUCUUGACAGAUGGCGAGGAACUGGGUAUGAUCUGUCUUACAAUCUGCCUAGUCGAUGUAUGUUGGGAUGCGCUGAUAAUCCAUUGGCUGACCUUCAGUGCGUCCGGCUCGGCCGCCGAGAAGGACUUGUCGCGAUCGACGGUGGUUUCCAGUGAGGAGUCAUCGCACGACCAGAUACCACCUAGAAGCCGUUCUCGAUUGAGCCUUGGAGGCGAAGCCAAAUCCGUCAAGCAAGAAACGACCGAGAAGUCCAAUGAUUUACAACUCGAUGCAAUAGACUUCCGGUGCGAGAGCCCCCGAGAUUCAAUAACUGAUCUGAUACGGCCCGCGGCUGUGAAGUGA